AUGGGUAAUCAGCCGUCCAAGGGCGACAAGGGCUCGCAAGACGGCCCCGAUCUCAGCUCCUAUCCCUCCUUCUCAAAGUCCGACACCCAGGGCUCCACGCGUUCCUUCCGCGGCUCCAUUCGUUCAAAGAUCCCCUCCAAGAUAUCCACCGACAACCUGCGCGGCUCUUCGUCUUCACUGGCCUCGCCUAAGAGACAGUCAGAACCCGGGCUAGAUGCCGCCGCUGUCCAGUCCAUACCCGCCUCAAGCAGGCACAAACGCUCUCCAUCUGCUCCCUCGCUUUCCGAGACGUCGCGCAGGGGUAGUGGAGGCAGCAACGAUGCUCAGGAUCAAGACAGCGUUCAGGGCCCUCCCUCCCCCACCUUGUCUUCUUCUAUCGGCCAUGGCCAUUCCGACAUCACCCAGGCUCAGCGAUCUGGUGAGGUCGAACACGUCUCUGACGCUCCCCCUACCGGCACUCUUCAACACAACAACCUCACCGAACCUAAAGAAUCCAUCUUGAUGAAGAAGGCCGAUCACAAGCCUAGCGCCGCUGCAGCAGCACUCGCCCUGUCAGAAGGUUCCGCUUCGUCCAAGGAUAUGGACAUCGGAGCACUCAAGACCUCGGAUCUGGACGAAAUGAUCAAGCGCCUGAUUGAUGCCGGAUAUGCCGGAAAGGUCACAAAGACCGUAUGCCUGAAGAAUGCCGAAAUCUUUGCUAUCUGUCAGGCCGCACGCGAGGUUUUCCUCUCACAGCCCGCUUUGCUAGAGCUUGCUCCCGCCGUCAAGAUUGUUGGCGACGUUCAUGGCCAGUACACCGAUCUGCUCCGUAUGUUUGAGAUGUGCGGAUUCCCUCCAAACUCAAACUACCUCUUCCUAGGCGACUACGUGGACCGUGGAAAGCAAAGCUUGGAAACCAUUCUCCUGUUGCUCUGUUAUAAGCUCCGCUACCCCGAGAACUUCUUCCUUCUGCGUGGCAACCAUGAAUGUGCCAAUGUCACUCGUGUCUACGGCUUCUACGAUGAAUGCAAGCGUCGUUGCAACAUCAAGGUUUGGAAGUCAUUCGUCGACACUUUCAACUGCUUGCCUAUCGCAUCUGUUGUCGCCGGAAAGAUUUUCUGUGUACACGGAGGUCUAUCGCCUAGUCUUUCACACAUGGACGAUAUUCGCAACAUUGCCAGACCAACUGAUGUUCCCGACUAUGGCCUACUCAACGAUCUUCUCUGGAGUGAUCCAGCAGACAUGGAAAAUGAUUGGGAAGCCAAUGAACGUGGAGUCAGUUAUUGCUUUGGCAAAAAGGUUAUCAUGGAGUUCCUCGCAAAACACGACUUCGACCUUGUGUGCAGAGCCCACAUGGUGGUCGAGGAUGGAUACGAGUUCUUUACCGACCGUGUUUUGGUGACCGUCUUCUCAGCACCUAACUACUGUGGAGAGUUCGACAAUUGGGGAGCCGUCAUGUCUGUUUCUGGCGAGCUGUUGUGUAGCUUUGAGUUGCUGAAGCCUUUGGACUCCAGCGCUCUCAAGCGGCACAUCAAGAAGGGCCGAAAUGAACGCCAGAACAUGCUCAACAGUCCGCCCGCGAGUCAGUACCCUCAGAGUUAUUAG